AACCAUCACCAUUUGCUUACUGAAUCCUUUUAGGCAAUUAAAGAAAAAAUGUUUUCAUUAUAAUAGAGAAGGCAGGGUUAGCAGAGUUUAAUGAGGAUUGUGGAGAGUUGCCUUGUGCAACCAUGCCUGCCUUCGCCCAGAGGCACUCUCUAUCUCUCCAGACUUCACAACCAGCCAGUUGUGAGAAUGGCAGUUAAUAUGUUGCUUGUGUAUGAGGGCUGUGCAAAUGUUUUGCCAGAUCCUGCAAAAACAAUCCGACAUGCUCUAUCAAAGGCAUUGUUGUAUUAUUAUCCUCUGGCUGGGAGAUUGAGAAAGAAAGAAGAUGGGAAGUUUCAAGUGGAGUGCACAGGAGAAGGUGUUCUUUUUCUGGAAACCCUGGUAGAUAAGAGCCUGUCGAUCCUUGGAGAUUUGGAGCAGCUGAAACCAUCAUUUAAGCAGCUGAGUUUUAGGUUCCUUUUCGAUACAGCUCUAGAGGACGUGCAUCCCAUGGUUCUCCAGGUAAACCAUUUCACAUGUGGAGGUUUUGUUGUAGAAGUGACUUUCCAUCAUAUGGUACAUGAUGAACGAGGGGUUGCAAAAUUUCUCAUAGAUCUUGGAGAGAUGGCUAAGGGUCAUGUUAAGUCAUUUAUCGAACCAAUAAAUCUAUUGGCUCAAGACUUAAAAUUGAUUGAAGAAAAAAUAAAGAGUACAUCUCAUUCAUGGAAACCUCCAAUAUAUGAAGAAGCAAUUCAAAUGUCUCUUAUAUUUCACUCUGGGACUAUUCAAUAUAUGAAACAAGGAAUGAUGCAAGAAUGAAUAGACAAUUGCACUACAUUUGAAAUUGUUGCAGCUUUGAUUUGGAGAGCGAGGACCAAAGCAUUUGAAAUUCCACUUACUCAAAGUGUAAAAUUUUUAUUUGCAAUAGAUGUGAGGGGAUCAUUUAAUCCCCCAUUACCAAA